CUUUAACAUUGUUACGUGCCGCCAUGUGCAUCAUCUACGGGCUGGAUGCUUCUUCUUCGACAUUCUAACCCUCGAAACAUAUUAUUGCGCAUGGAUUUGGUCCCGAGUAGAAUACCCCAUCACCGCUAAGUAGCUUGAACCUUGAGCAACUACUAACAUUGGAAGGAAGAUUUGACAUGAUUCAAAUCAUUGCGGCCUCUCGCGGUGAACUUGGGAAUGUUUUGUAUUAGGUUUCUCCCCGAGUUGCCGAUCGCGGUCAGUGACUUCGAAGUUUCGACUCGACAAGUUUUAUAUGAGAUGAGUUUUCAAAUUCAAACAACCUGGAAAUCGCCCAAUUUCGCCAAUGUCCCAUACAUCCCACUUCCUUCACCUCCCGGACGAUGUUCUUGCAUAUCUGCUCGACUUCGCGCCUAUGAAUGACCUCGAGAGUGUCUCUAAGACAUGUAACCCACUCAGAGCUAUAUGUGGAAUAGUUCGUGCUCCAUACCUCCACGAGCUCAAGCAGGAGGGUCUAGAGUACAACGCCACGUCCGCCUCGCCUACUGUGUCCUUUCCGCAGGCGUUGGCUUCCCUCAGGUGCAGAGAAAACAGAUGGAGGACGAUGCGUCCAAUCAUGUCAUCCUGCCGUGCAACCUUGAACGACAGCGACUUCACUAGCUACUAUCAGAAGGUAGCUUUGUACGUGUCUAGACAGGUUGUGUCAACUGUUGUCCAUGGGGACACGUCGGAACGCGCAACUUACCAUGGCCAAGCUGGCGAGGUUACUAGCCUGCAUGCCGCUGACGUACCGCAGGACCUUCUUGUUCUUUUGCGGACGCACAUUGGAACUAAUAUGUCGUAUCUCUCCUUCCUCUCCUUGAGAGAGAUGUCUCCGCAUUCCGAAGCCGCUAGUCCAACGCGUGUCCUCGUCACUAGCAUAAGUCCCAUGGGAUAUUUUGCUACUCCUCUCAAUGCCUGUGGUCUAAGAAUACUUGGUCCAUGGUGUGCGAUUCUAACGACGGGGCCGCAUUCCAACGUCCUCAUGCUUUGCAACUGGAAGACUGGUGCAUCAUUUAAAUUGGCGGGGAUUCUUUCCGACAGGGUUGACGAUUUUAAUUUUAUGAAUGAUCGUGCCCUUGCCGUCAUUCAUGGAGCAUCCAACCCUUCUCGCCUAAUACUGCGCCUUUACGACGUCAUUUUCCCAAGCCAGCUCUGUCCAUCUGGUCUCGUCGCACUCCGAUUGUCUUUGCAAUUACCUCGCAUUGAAGCCCGUGUAUCCAUAUCUCCCAGUCGCCUUCUGCUCCCAAGGACACUGCAGGAACAAAGUCUCCGACCCCAUCAGCGCCCAUGCGAGGUCUUUCCCCCGAAUAGCGGAAUCAUGGCUCUGUCGAUACCCCUUGCAACAGGUGGCGGGAAAGCUCGACUGGACAUUGCUAUCGAUGUCUCCAUGCUGCUUUCCGUCGUUCGUGGCAACAAUGCCGCUGACUGCCCAUUGCUCUGGAGCGAGUGGGGUCCCAAGAUGUCGCGCGUUUUCUUGAUUAACGAAGCCCUUCGUGCGACAGGCGAUGUAGAGCCUCUGCAAGAUGUCGAAGGCUACAGAGUGGCCUACUCCACCAACGCAGAUGUCCAGGAUACAUGCAUUGGAGUUUCUGAGGAACUUUCUUGCCCUGCAGCUUUCGUUCUAGACUUCAGUCCUGCGAGUGUUCGAUGGGCUCGAGGGGAGGUUGAGGCACGUCGUGGAAUGCGUGGCGCUUUGGUAACAGAAGCGAGCGUUCUACGACCGGGGCGCCUGCUUGCAGAGGAGGUCGUCAGCUACCUACCAUAUACUCGAACCAUGCUCGAUGGUUACCUACCCCAACACCAAAUUCGGCUUUCGCGGGAUGAAGUCGUCUAUCCUGUUAAUCCGUUGCAAGGACCUCCGCUGCCUAAUUUACAUAAUGUUUACAGCUUCGCUUGAUACGAUACUGGAAUUGCUGCUCAAAGCCAUCUGCGACGCCUACUUAACCAGUAUUUUAAUCGUUUUUCAUCCUAGCACUAUCUAUCGCAUACUAAUCUUUGAUACCUUAUAACCUUUGAUACCUUUGAUAUCCCUGAUUGCUACAUUUGCACAUCAACUUGGGUCUUCCAUCGCUUUUGGCGCAUCAUCACCACCUCUCUUCACAAAUUCCUGUCAUAUACCAUUAAUAACCUCAUCCUGUGCCCUGUGAACCUGCUAGGAAGAACUGGCACUAUCACACCCUAUAAUCAAUUCUGUGU